CAUACUAAGCAACCCUGCUCGUUUGACAGCCAGUUCUGCCUUCUUUUUUAAUUUCCGGUUCACACAAGUGUUGCUGAUCUUUUAACCACAUCAGAAUGGCUCCUAGAAAGGCUAAAGCUCCCAAGGAAGAGGUGCAGGUCCAGCUGGGACCACAGGUUCGUGACGGUGAGGUCGUCUUUGGAGUUGCCCACAUCUAUGCCAGCUUCAACGACACUUUCGUCCAUGUCACCGAUUUGUCUGGUCGUGAAACCAUUGCCCGUGUCACCGGAGGCAUGAAGGUGAAGGCUGAUCGUGAUGAAGCUUCCCCCUACGCCGCUAUGUUGGCUGCCCAGGAUGUUGCUGAGAAAUGCAAGACCCUUGGAAUUACAGCUCUUCACAUCAAGCUGCGCGCUACCGGAGGCAACAAGACGAAGACGCCUGGACCCGGUGCCCAGUCGGCUCUGCGUGCCCUGGCUCGUUCAUCGAUGAAGAUCGGUCGCAUCGAGGACGUGACACCAAUCCCAUCCGAUUCUACCCGCAGGAAGGGCGGUCGUCGUGGUCGCCGUUUGUAAACAGGCGCCAGACAAAGUAAACCGAAGGAAAACUGCAUAUGUUUAUGUAUGUACAAUAAUAUAGUUGUUUGUGUGCAUAAGAACAUAAAAAUAAAACUGGUAAAACUUAA